AUGGGAAAAACAGGUGGACGAGCUGACUUUGAAUGGGUUUACAAUGACCAGCCGCACACUUCAAGAAGAAAAGAAAUACUGGCCAAAUAUCCAGAGAUCAAGUCCCUGAUGGGUCCAGACCCCCAGCUGAAGUGGGUGGUAUCAGGCAUGGUCCUGACCCAGCUCUUGGCCUGCUACCUGGUUCACGACCUCUCCUGGAAGUGGAUCUUCUUCUGGGCUUAUGCCUUCGGUGGCUGCAUUAACCACUCCUUGACCCUGGCUAUCCACGACAUUUCUCACAACGUGGCCUUUGGCAACAAGCUGGCAAAGUGGAACCGCUGGUUUGCCAUGUGGGCUAACCUGCCUAUAGGGCUGCCAUACUCUGCCUCCUUCAAGAAGUACCACGUCGACCACCAUCGGUAUUUGGGAGGCGACCAGCUGGAUGUCGACAUCCCUACAGACUUUGAAGGGUGGUUCUUCUGCACCCCAGCCAGGAAGGUCCUCUGGCUCUUCCUCCAGCCCCUUUUCUAUGCCCUGCGCCCCUUGAUAGUCAAUCCCAAACCAGUGUCUCUGCUGGAGAUCCAGAAUGCAGUCGUUCAGCUCACUGUAGACUUCAUUAUUUUCUAUUUAUGGGGGCUGAAGCCCAUCGUUUACCUAAUUGCAGGAUCUAUCCUGUGUAUGGGACUGCAUCCUAUCUCUGGACAUUUCAUAGCCGAGCAUUACAUGUUUCUGAAGGGACACGAGACAUAUUCUUACUAUGGAUCACUGAACUGGAUCACCUUCAAUGUUGGGUAUCAUAUGGAGCACCAUGACUUCCCAAGCAUACCUGGCAGUAAACUACCUCAGGUGAAGCAAAUCGCUGCAGAGUAUUAUGACUCCCUGCCUCAGCACACUUCCUGGACCCGAGUAUUAUGGGAUUUUGUGUUUGACGACAGCAUCGGCCCCUAUGCCAGAAUCAAACGGGAGUACAAGCUACGCAAGCAGGAAUAG